AUGAUUAAAAAAUGCGAUAAUCAAGGGAUAGUCUGGAUUAUCAAAAUAAUCGGUUCAAUUUCUCAAGUUUCUAAUUACUUUAAAAGCCAAAUUGUCUGGUUUAAUAGUUUUAUUGAGAAUUUUUGUGUUGCCCUUGAAGAAUCAUCUAUAGAUCCAAAUCAAGAUUUUUUCAACUCUUGUACAAAUUUGAUAAAUAAUCUAGAAUGAAGCCGCCUAAAUAAAGAUUCUAAUAGCUUUCAAUUUUACUAUCAGCUUAAAGCUUUUAACUCCAUUUUUCUAACUCCUAUGCUUCUCCAAUUUGUUGUUGUUGAUUAUUUUAGUGUCUUAAAUAAUUUCUUUUUUUGCUUUUUUUUUUGUUAAGAAAAUAAGUAAAAUUCUGUGGGUGAAACUGACGUCAUCGACUUUAAGGGAAUGAUUAAAAUUUUUAUCAGAGCAAAUACCUUUGCAUUUUACCUUUUCUAUUAAAGAAAUGGUAAUACUUUUUAGCUUUCUAAAUACAGUUGAAUCAAUUGUUUAUAAAGAGCAAGAUACACUAUUAGUAGAAGAUUUCUAUAAUUUGGUACUUCAGAUGCUUUAUAAAAUGCUGAUAAGAGAAAAUAAGAUAUUCAAUACAGAGGCAUUUAUAGGUGUACUUAUGAAAAUGGCAGACAGUGAUGGCCAUACAGUACUACUAGAAAAAUUUCUCCAAUAUCUUUGUAAAGUUUCUCUGCCUAUUGAGAAGUUUAAUGAAUUAUACGUUGUUAUGCUAAAUCUUUUAGAAGAUCAUAGAGAAAAUCUAAAACUUCCCCCUCAUUAAGUGAACAAAAUCAUUAGAAAAAUCGCUUUUUUUUGCCCAAAAACUCACCCUCCGUGAGCGAACAAACAUUUUUUUAAUAGAAAAAAAUUUUAUGAAAUAAUAAAGUGAUAAUUAUCGUAAUGAAAUCUCUAGUGCUAAUUCUGUUUAAUUUUAAACAACAAUUUGCUUUUUAAAAACAUAAAUUUUAUAAAUUAAAUUAAUAUUUGGAAUUUGGUUUUUUUCAAAUUUUUGAAAAAAAAAAAUAAUCCCCCUCCAUGAGCGAACAAUUUUUUUUGUUCGCUCACGGAGUGAGAGGAGUAAACAUUCGCCAAAGUUUGAUUAAAAUUAUGAUUAAGCUAGUCCUAAAAUCAAUCCCUAACAUACCAGAAAUAACAAAAGUAAAAUAUAUUAUUCAAAAUUUAUAUUUAGAUCUAGAUAGAUGCUUACAUAAUGAAAUCAGCUUUGGAGUUUACACAUCGAUAGUGCGAAUUAUCAGUAAAGUAAUGUACUUUUCCAAUACAACUGCGAUGAUAGAGAAUUUCAAAAGCUUUAUUGACCUCAUCACUUCAAGAAUCCCUAAAACUGAAAAUAUCCAAGAUAAGACAGAAAUAAUUGAUAAUUUGACAGGAAAAGCUAAAGAGUUUGUAGGUUUUGCAUUAAGUCUUCAUGAUAGACCAAAUUUCCCUCAAUGGCUUAUUGAUACUCAUGAUGCAACUUUAGUUUAUGGUUUAGCCUUAAGCAUUUUUUCUUUGAUUAAUUAUCUUCCGAACUAUAAUCAGCUUAAAACUUAUCUUUUUGGAGUUGCUGAUAAUUCAGGGUAUGAAAAAGCUUUGGAUUUGUUUUUAUUGCUUUUGCAUAAUAUCAAGGACAAAUUUAAAAACAAUAUACGAUGGUUUUUGGAGUUAUUAGGGGUUCUAGAAGAUUUAACUAAUCCAGCUUUUAUAGAGACUGAACCUAUUUUAUCUGGUAAAUUUAGAACAAUUUUGAGAGAAAUUAUUCAAAUAUCUAAAGAAUUAAAGCUACUUUCGUUAAACCAGCCAAAUUUGCCGAUUUUGAAUUUCUUAACUUUAAGCAACUUAUUUAAUGAAAGUCGCCAAUUGAAGAAAUAUGAUAGGAGUGCUAUAUAUAUAAGGGAUGGAGGAUUUAUUCGAUUUAUUUUGAAAUUUAUAUUUUUAAGUUUGGAUUUCGAGCAAAAUGACGAAACAAUAGAAAAUCUCAAAUGUUUAAUGAAAUUUUGAAAUGAAAAACAUACAAGCAAAUUACCUAAAAAGGAGCUUUCAAGAUGUGAAAGACUAACAAAGCUUUAUACAAAUUAUCCUAAAGAUCAAAGUAAUCUUCUCAGUGCAGAUUUUUUAAAAUUAUAUAUUUUUACAGAAAUUGCUGAAAUUAUUUUCCACAAUAAUUCAGUGAGUUUAUUGGACUUUUUGUCGAAAUUUAUAUUACAAUUUAAUAUAUGCAAUCUGCUUCUUGAGGUGCUGAACUCUCUGACCUCGGAAGAUCUCGUGAAUUUUCAUAAUCUUGAAGUAAGCCUAGACAAGCAUUUUCAUGGCACUUCAAAAUCUUACCAUCUAAUACAUUUCAGAAACAGGAUAUCCAAGAAUAUUCUGGAAAAAAUAAGAAAUACAUCCCCUAUAAGAAAUUCAGGCUCUGUUGUUGAUUUUUAUAUAAAUGAUCAGAAUUUAAUUUCAGAUUUCAAAAAAGCUCUAACCAAAGAAGUAAAUAAAUUAAUCAACUCUUUAGAAAACUUCGAAGUAAUGGUACAAGUUUUGACAUCAGAUGACUGGAUUAAAAAUGUUCAUUUGUUUUUAUUAGCUUUUACAUCAAUGAAGAUUAAUUUUUUGACAAUAAUCGUGCCGAAUUUUAAGUAUAGUUACCCAGAAAUGGAAUCUCCUUAUUUAUCAAAAAGUUUUCAUACCCCAGUCAGAACUUCAAGUAAUAACGAUAAAUAUGAAGAAACAGCUGAACUUCAAUUUGAUGAAUAUUUAAAAUUAAUUGGAAAAUCGUAUAGACGAGAAAAAGGGGAAAUACGGCUUAUUGAAAAAGAAUUUGAGCGAAAAGAGGAAUAUGAUAAAAUUCUGUAUUCAAAACAAAAUAAAGAAAUUGAAAAAACUAUGAAGGCGCUUAUAGAGAAUCCUGGAGAAAAUACAAAUUAUUUCAGUAUAAUCAAUAGAUGCGACAGUGAAGGAAAGAUGCCGUUUUUAAAAGAAUGAAGCCGACAAAAAUUGAUUUUUGAAAGCAAUUCAGCUGAAAUCAAGCGCCAAAACGACACUUUUCAAUCAAAAACUAUUUUUGACGAAAUUGAUAAUUCACAAGAAUUUUCCAAAAAUCUAGCGAUAUUGGAACAAGGAAUCAGUACAAAAAUUUCUUCUGAUGAGAAAAGUGACCCUUCUUCAUAUGCUAGUGAAGCUGAGAUUAUUGAAGAAAUAAAAGAGUCUGAAGAUUCAGAAAAUGAAAACGAAAGAUUCACUGAAACCCAAAAAAAUACUCCAAGUGUCAUUAAUGAGCAAUCAGUUGAAAGCGAGCUGGAUCUUUAUCUUUCAAACAUAAAUCCUUCUUCUGAAAUUAACUAUAAUUGUGCCAGGCUCAAAAUCAAGGGCCUUUACCGAGGAGUACUUAAAUUUAUAGAUAAUUACAUCGUUUUCAUUAAUGAAGAUACAAGAAAAAAUUCUCAAUCUGAAGCUACCUCAAAGCCAUAUGAAAAAGCUAUCAAAAAAAUAUGAUCGAUAAUAGAAAUCCAAGAAAUUUACCCCAGAAGAUACAUCCACAGUCAUACAGCAAUAGAAAUAUUUCUUAAAAGCGGCAAAACAAUAUAUUUCACUUUUGAUGAUAAAGAAGCACGUGAGGGUGUUAUAAACUAUUUAAAUGAUAAGCUUAGACCAUAUAGUGUGCAAGCACAUAAUGGAGGGGCCCUCAAAAAAUAUACAAAAUGCUGAAAAACUGGAUCAAUAAGCAAUUUUGAAUAUUUGAUGAUAUUAAAUAAAUUCGCAAGCCGCUCAUUCAAUGACUUGAGCCAGUAUCCUAUAUUCCCUUGGGUUCUCAAGUGUUAUGAUAGAGACAUAGAUUUUGAAGACCCCAGCAUUUAUCGUGACUUUAAAUUGCCUGCUGGUGCUCAAACAGAAGAACGAAAGCGUGAUGCAGCCAGAAAAUAUACCAUGUGUAUGGAAUCUGGAAUGCCUCCAUUUCAUCAUGGGACCCAUUAUUCUAAUGGAGGCUUAGUUCUUCAUUAUUUGGAAAGAAUUGAACCUUAUACAGCUCAAGCUAAAAUCUUGCAUGGAGGAAAUUUUGAUGUCGCUGACCGUCAAUUUAAUUCUAUACAAGCUGCAUGAGACAAUAUAACGGGCAUUGCUGGGGAAACGAAAGAACUUAUCCCAGAGCUCUUUUAUUUGCCUGAAAUUUUGGUUAACUUGAAUAAUCUUGAUCUUGGGACUAAACAAAACGGAAAGCCUGCUUGAGAUGUAGAUUUUCCAAGCUGGUCUAAGUCUCAAUAUGAUUUUAUAAUAAAGCAUAGAAAAGCUCUGGAAUCUGCAUAUGUCAGUGAAAAUUUGCACAAUUGAAUUGAUCUAAUUUUUGGAUAUAAGCAAACUGGGUCUAAUGCGGUUGAUGCUCUUAAUGUAUUUUUUGCUACUACUUAUGAAGAUAAUUUUCAGAAAAUUAUAAAUAAUUCUGAAGACCAAGAUUUUAAACAAACAAUAAAAGACCAAGCAAUCCAUUUUGGCCAAACACCAAUUCAGCUUUUUAAACGCUCACAUACUAAAAGAGAUACAAAAGAAAAAUCCAAAGCAGGCUCUAUUAUAAAUAAAAUUAAAAAUUCAGUGACCAAUUGAACUGAAUCCUUCCACAGCAAUGGAAAAAUCAUGAAUAUUCUGGCUUCACAAAAAAUUUUUGUAAUUAUAAAAUAUUUUGAAAGCAAAAUAGUUUUGGUUAAAUUUAAAAACAAAGGAGAUUUAAAAAUUGAUUUUUUGAACCCAAAAGAAAUAGAACUCGAAGGAACUCAGUGAAUGCUAGAUGAAAAACUGAUAGACACUUCUCUAUUUCAGAUUAUAAAAGAAGAAGGAAUUGUUUCAGGAGGCUAUAUUGAUAAAACUUUUAAAAUUCAUAACUUUGAUGGCUAUUUAAUAGGAUCUUAUAGCUACCAUAUGAAUCUAGUAUCAGCUAUUGCAGUUGCAAAAUCAAAAAUUAUUACUGGAAGCUUUGACACAUCAAUUGUGUCUUGGAGAAUUGGAAAUACAAUAAAUGAUAAAAUAAGACGUGAAAACUUAAAUUAUGCAGGGCAUAUAAGCGAAAUUAGGCAGCUCACUGUUUCUGAAGGUUACCAGAUAUUAGUUUCAUUAGGGUUUGAUAAUACUGUGAUGGUUCACAAUUUAAGAAACUCAGAACUUAUAAAAAAAUUGCAAUUUAACUCAAAAAUCAAUGAAAUUGUUUUUAGUGAACUAGGAUUAAUAAUAGCUUGCGGACUUGAUGGGACCUUUGUAAAAACUCUCAAUGGCUAUGAUUUAAAUAUAAGACCAAGGACAAAAAAUAUUAAAAAUACCGAUAUAAGCAGCUCUGGUGAAGUUUUACUUUUUACUUCCCAAGAAGGAGUUUCUAUCUUUGAGCUCCUCAGCAGCAACAAUGAAUCAGAAUAUAUAUUAAGCACUGAAGAGUUUUCUAAUUCAAAAUUUUCAGCAUCUCAAGACUAUUUAAUUUGUUAUCAAAAUAGAGCUGAUGAUUUUGUUGUGUCAACAUUAGAAUAA